CACUCGAUACGCCUCAAAAUGGCGGGUCAGUGAAAAACUUCUUGACGUUUUCGUUAUAUCUGUGGAGUGUGGACUAUGGUGUGUGUGUGUCGUCCAUUUUGACAUGUCUAACACGUGAACUUUAGUAAUUUUUUUCAAUAAAUAUGUCUAUGUUAGCGGGUCCUCGUCGAAAACAAAAAGUGAUAAAUCUCCGUGCUAAAAACAAUGCUUGGAGCAAUGACACAAAUAAGUUCGGUCAGAAAAUGUUGGAGAAAAUGGGCUGGAGUGCGGGAAAGGGGUUAGGUGCGAAAGAAAAUGGAAUUGUUGAACAUGUUGUUGCUAAAUAUAAAAACGAUGAGAAGGGACUCGGUUUCGAAGACAAGAAUGAUCAAUGGACGAAACAUGAGGACGAUUUUAAUGCUUUACUUGCGAAUCUUUCGAACUCAGAGAGCAAUGCCGAGGUCUUGCACAGUGGUAUUUCAUUAGAAGAUAAAUCAAAGAAAAGCAAAGCCCGUAUUCACUAUCACAAGUUCACACGGGGUAAAGAUCUAUCAAAGUACAGUGAGAAAGACCUAGCCAACAUAUUUGGUAAGAAAAGCUUCAAAGAAACUGAGGAAGAAGAAAUUCUCCGAGACGAUGUUACAACCUCCGAACAAGUUUUUACCGAGAAAGGAAGUAUGGAUGAUUACUUUAAGAAUAAAUUAGCAAGUUUAAAGUCAAAGUCUAAAUUACUGAACUCUUUUAAUGGUGAAAAGAAGGCAGAGGAUGUAUCAGAUUACAGUUUCAAAGGUUUUUCAAAUGAUACUGAAUCCACGCAUGAAAUUACUACUAAUGGAUUUGGACACCAACCUUUUUCAUUUUAUCACAACAAAACAGAAACAUCUAAUAAUAAUUUAGAUGAUGUUGAUAAAACUAAAACCAAGAAAAAGAAAAAGUCCAAAAAUAGGGAGGAAAACUGUGAUAAUAUAUUAAGUUUUGAAUCAGUAACAAACAAUGAGUCAGAAACAGUUGAACAGCAAGAAAUUAAAUCAAAGAAAUCCAAAAAGAAGAAAUAUCAAGAAAUGUAUGAAGAAACAGAUCAGUGUGAACUAGCAAAGAAGAAAAGUAAAAAUAGAAACAGGGAUUGCGAAAAUGAACAGGAGCAAUGUACAGAAAGUGAUGUACCUAAAAAGAAAAAGAAAAGAAAAAAUAAAGAAUAUGAAUAAAUUUUUUUUAAA